AUGGCGGCCGUAUCUGCAGCUGGGCUACCUCCCAAUUCGACAGUAUAUGUCAAGAAUCUAGAUGAGCGGAUUAAAGUCGAACAGCUGAAGGUGGCUUUGGAGGAGAUUUUCUCGGAAUAUGGUACCAUCCUAGAGGUGGUCGCAAAGACCAAUCUGAAGGCCAAGGGCCAGGCUUUCAUCGUCUUCGAUAACGUCGACUCUGCGACCCGCGCUAUCGAGGAAAUCAAUGGCUUCGACAUUUUCGACAAGCCCAUGAUCCUGGACUAUGCGAAAAGCAGAAGUGAUGCGACAGUGCAACGCGAGGGCGGCAGCGACGAGCUAGAGGCUCACAAGCGGAAACGUCUCGCUGAGAAGGAGCGCAAGCAAGCCCACGAGGCACUCGAAGCACAGAAGAAACUCAAGCGUCCUGCCCCCAACGCCGAGCCCACACGCCCGGCCAAGACUACGAAAGGCGCUGGCCUCAAGCCCACCUCUGGCACCACAGCUGCUGUCAUUCCCGACGAGUACCUCCCGCCAAACAAGAUCCUGUUCUUGCGGGACCUGCCAGACGAUGCCAACGAAGAGGGUCUUUCCGCCAUCUUUGGCCGCUUCGAGGGAUUCCAGGAAGUCAGAUUGGUACCUGGUCGCAAGGGAAUUGCCUUCGUCGAGUACGAAGCCGAGACGGGAGCAAUCAGCGCAAAGGAGGCUACAUCGGGUAUGCCAAUGGGCGAGCAAGGCAAGGCCAUUCGCGUUACCUAUCAGCGACAGUAG